AUGAAGAGCACAACGACACUCGGUUCUGGUGAUAAAGCCAUAACUGUUGGAAAAAUUGGCCAUGGCCUUAUGAUGAUGACCUGGAAACCUACCCCAGUGCCAGAUGAAGUAUGCUUUGAGGCUAUCAAAGCAUCCUUAGACUCAGUGCCACCUGGCACAAAAAUGGUUCUGAACAGCGGCGAAUUCUACGGCAUUAAUCCUCGUGAAGCAAACCUUGAGCUAAUUGCCCGUUUCUUGAGAAAUAUCCAGAAUAUGCCGAUAAAGCGUUCCUCUCUGGAGCUGCAAACUUCGAAUUACUCAAGCCAGACUCUUCAGAACUUGAAGCGCAGCGUCGACCGUAUCCUCGAGAAGCUUCGUGGAACUAAAAGGCUCGAUCUCUUCGAACCAGCUCGCGUGGAUAAGGACUGUGCUAUCGAAGAUACUAUCAGAAUCCUUUCUGGAUUUGUCGCCGAGGGCAAGUUUGAUUAUAUUGGGCUAUCUGAGUGCAAGGCCUCGACACUCAAGCGUGCCAACGCUAUUCACCCAAUCGCGGCUGUUGAAAUUGAAGUCAGCCCUUGGUCAUAUGAGGAUCAGGUGAAAGAGGUUAUUGCAGCAUCCCAGGAAGUUGGCGCUAUUGUAUGCGCUUACUCACCCCUCGGACGAGGCUUCCUUAGUGGGAGAUUCAAGAGUCUCCAAGACUUAGAGGAUGGCGACAUUAGAAGACAUUCGGCACGAUUCCAGGAAGAGAACAUGAAACAUAACCAAGCGAUCGUCGACGGUGUGAAGUCCCUGGCUGAGAAGAAGGGCAUCACGCCGGCUCAACUGUGUAUUACCUGGGUUUCUGCCUUGGGUCCACACGUUGUCCCCAUCCCCGGUUCUUCGAACAAGGAGCGGACGGACGAGAACAUGGCAGCGGCUGACAUUCCGAUAUCCACUGCUGACGUGCAGGAAGUGCAGAAGAUUUUGGAUGAGCAUCCGGUCAAGGGAGGAAGGUAUGGCCCAGGAAGUGAUGAGGUCUACCACCUGUGGGGGUGA